AUGCCCCAUAUCCCGUGCGCAACAUGGCAUCUGUGCCAUGCCCCAUAUCCCGUGCGCAACAUGACAUCUGUGCCAUGCUCCAUAUCCCGUGCGCAACAUGACAUCUGUGCCAUGCCCCAUAUCCCCAAGAUACAGGACAAGAGGGGCGUGUCGUUGAGUGAGGCGGACUCCAUAUCGCUGGACCUCGCAUCCAUGGGCAUCUCCACUCCCUCCGAUGCCACUGUUGCCUUUGACGACAGCGCCAAGCCGCCGGCAUGGGACGCACAACCAGACUGGGCCAAGGCACCCGCCUCCUCCUCCGCUGGCCCCUCUGCCGCCCCCUCCUUUUCAGACCCCUUCGCCUCCACGCCCCCCAUCUCGUCCACCCCCGCUUCCUCCGCCUCGUCUGCCUUUGGCACGUCAGACCCCUUCGCGUCCUCCACUCUCUCCGCUGCACCAUCCCCCAGCCUUGCUUCCCUCUCUGCCAAUCCCACAGCCCGCAUGGGGGGCAUUGGCGGGGGUGGGUUGGGGGGAAUAGGAGGAGGCGGAAUUGGUGGCAGCAGCAGCAUAGGCGGUGGGGGUAUGGGGGGUCUUGGUAGCGGCUUGGGAGUGGGGUUAGGGGGGGCGCCUAUGGGAGGAUCGCUAGGAGGGGGGUUGGGAGGAGGCACAGGGUUUGGUGGGGGACUGGGAGGAGGCAUGGGUGGGGGGUUGGGAGGGAGCGCAGCAUCAGGAGCAGGAGGGGGUGCAAGUGACCCCAACGACCCCUUUGCAGACUGGCCUCCAAGAAAACCGCAGGCAGCAGCAGCGCCAGCGGCACCAACAGCUGCAAUGAGUGCCGCCCCGCGUCCCCUGGGCGGAGUGUCCAAGGCCAGUGGGCCACUUGACAUGGACGACUGGGGCGGCAGCUCCUUCCAGUCUGCCGCCCCGCCUGCCACUGCUGCCGGCACAGGGAUGGGAGGCACAGGCAUGGGAAUGGGCAUGGGCAUGGGCAUGGGAGGAGGCAUGGGGGGUGGGGCCAUGGGAGCAGGCAUGGGUAUGGGAAUGGCUCGGCCAAUGGGUGGCGUUGGCAUGGCUCCAGGGUUUGGGGCUUUCCCUGCUGCUCCCAUGGCUCCCAUGGGUGGCAUGGCUGCUGCUCCUCCUGCUGGCGGCGCUGUGUACGGUGCAAUGCGGUUUGCCCCUCCGCCAUCGCAGGGCUUCCCUGCCCCCCCUGCAUCUGCUGCCAUGGGCUCUGGCUUCACGCCUCCUCAGCGCCCUGCUGCUCCCCCGCAAUCUGGAGGUGCUCUGAUGGACCUCCUGUGA